AUGAACCCACUACAUAUGCAUGAUAUUAUUGAUCAAAUGAAACGAGCUAUACCUUAUCCAUUAGAGAUUGAUGAUCAUCAUUAUGGAUCAGAUCCAAUAACUCAUAAAAAAAAUAAAGACGAACAUACAGAUGAAACAACAGAUAACAUGGCACAAGUUCAAUCAACAUCGACAACUUCUCCAUCAACAUCAAAUAAUACACAAACAAAAAUGAAUGAUACAACUGAACAACAAUCUGAAUCUUUAAUAAAACAAGAGAAAUAA